AACGUUAACGAUUAAACAUGGGAAGCUCUCGACUAGUUUCGAUCAUCUUUUUCGUCAAUACAGUAAUCUUAUCGAUCGGCUCAAUCAACUGCGAAAACAAGAACAUUCUUAUAACAAACCAAGCUGCGUUGUUCGUGUUCGGAGAUUCUCUGUUCGAUGCCGGAAACAACAACUACAUCGAUACCGUCUCAAGUUUCCGGUCUAAUAUGUGGCCGUACGGUCAAACAACUUUCAAAGUUCCCACCGGAAGACUCUCAGACGGACGAUUGAUUCCUGAUUUCAUCGCCGAGAACGCAUGGUUACCGUUGAUCCCGCCAAAUCUACAACCAAGCAACGGUAACAAUCAAUUUACUUAUGGAGUAAGUUUUGCUUCUGCUGGCGCCGGAGCUUUAGUCGAUUCCUUUGGUGGAAUGGUAAUAAAUUUGGGAACACAGUUAAACAACUUCAAGGAUGUUGAAAAGAGGUUGAGAUCUGAAUUAGGAGAUGCAGAUACCAAAAAGGUUUUCUCAAGAGCUGUUUAUCUGUUUCAUAUCGGAGUCAACGACUAUUUUUAUCCUUUCUCUGCAAACUCCUCAACUUUCCAAUCCAAUUCCAAAGAGAAAUUCGUCGAUUUUGUUAUCGGUAACACGACAUCCGUGGUCAAGACACUCUAUAAAAUGGGAGGAAGGAAGUUUGGAUUUUUGAACGUGGGACCGUACGAAUGUGCACCAAGUUCAUUGAUAAGAGACCGAACAAAGAUAGGAUCUUGUUUCAAACCUGCCACUGAGCUUAUCGACAUGCACAACAAGAAGUUUCCGGAUGUCUUAAGGCGGCUACAACGCGAAUUAUCCGGAUUUAGAUACGCUCUUCACGACUAUCACUCUUCAAUUUCCGAAAGAAUCAAUAAUCCUUCAAAAUAUGGGUUCAAAGAAGGGAAGAAGGCAUGUUGUGGAAGCGGACCACUGAGAGGAAUCAAUACGUGUGGAAACCGAAGAGGGCCGUCACAAGGUUACGAGCUAUGCGAAAACGUUACCGAUUAUUUGUUCUUUGAUUCCUCUCAUUUGACGGAAAAGGCUCAUCGACAGAUCGCAGAGCUGAUUUGGGGCGGAUCACCCAAUGUCACUGGACCUUAUAAUCUCAAAGCCUUAUUUGAAUUUAGGCUUACCUAGAAUCGUCUAUAUGUGUGCAUAUGAAAAUAACUGACGAGGUCACUAUAAUAUCUUGCCUAAUCAUGUUAGUCAUAUAAUUUUUGUGUGUUAGGAUAUAAUAAUAAAAUGGAUUAGUUUUU